AAUAUGUUAAUAUUCUCCUACUGCUGACCCCUUAGGCCAGCAGGUGCUGUGUUUUCAAUUUAGUUUUCUCGAAUUCUUCUUCCAACAACCACUGGAAAGAUGGCGGAAGUGGAUAAGGAUGGUAAUCCUGCGGCUGGGAAAGAUGACUUACAGAUCUUAAAGCCUUCUUCCAUUACACAGGUGUUCGGAGCAUGCCAGAUAGCUAAUUAGCACAGGUUCUCCCUCUGUCUUCCGUCUGUCUACUGUAAACACUCCCUGUAACAUGGAUAUACGAUCUGUUGGAACACUAACCCAAUAAAGGAACUAGUGGAUGAGUUGUAUCAUUUUCGGGAUCAUUACUUUGAGACUCACAGUGUGGAGGAUGCAGGGAGGAAACAGAAUGAUGUGGCACAGGCGAUGGAGAAGACUCUAACGAAGCUUAGGGAGAAAGAAGAGUCGUAUAAGCACAGCGCUGAGUUCCUGCUUCUGCGGGGCCGCUGCCUGGGGGUGGCUCCAGAGUUUAGCACCACCGCCGAGGAGUGCCUGUCCAGGGCCGUGAAGCUGGAACCUGGGCUGGUGGAGGGCUGGAAUAUCCUGGGGGAGCAGUAUUGGAAGAAAGGAGACCUGACCACUGCCAAGACCUGCUUCACUGGAGCCCUGCAGCAGACUAAGAACAAGGUGUCUCUGCGCAGUCUGUCCAUGGUGCUGAGGCAGCUACCGGGUGGGGGCGGUGAUGAGCAGGGGAAGAGAGUCCUGGAGAGCGUGGACAUGGCCAGGCAGGCUGUACAGCUGGACGUCACAGACGGCACCUCCUGGUAUAUCCUAGGAAACGCCUACAUCUCCCUGUUCUUCACCUGCGGACAGAAUCCACAGAUGUCUCAACAGGCUCUGAGUGCCUACGCACAGGCUGAGAAAGUGGACCGAACAGAAACCGCCAACCCUGAUCUACACUUCAACAGAGCCACGCUGUUCCAGUAUGAGGAGAUGUUUGGGUCUGCGCUGGGGGGGUACAGUCGGGCUGCGGCCCUGGACCCCGCGUGGGAAGAGCCUCCAGAGAGGGAGAGGCAGCUGCUGGAAUACCUGGAGAAACUCACAGCACUCACAGAGAACAAGGGGAAGGUGAAGGCCCGGCGCCUGCGGACGAUGCUCUCCAACCUCAGCACGUCGGCCCUGGGGCCGUGCUCCUCCCCUCAGUUCCGCUCCCCCGCAGGCCGCGUUGGGAGCCUGGAGCCCCGCAACCUGUCUGCCCUGGCACACGGCCACAACACUGGGGUGGCUGCCCUGGGCAAGGUGGUGUUCAGCCUGGCCUCCGAGGGACGCAUGGCCUUUACGUUUGGCAUGGUGGACAGUGAGGAGACGUGCUGCGUGAUCAUGGUUUAUAAUACAGCAGACAGUUGGGGUGUUCUGAUUGGCGACUCAGUGGUCAUCCCGGAGCCCCAGGUCAAACGCCACAGUGUAGCCCACAACAACCAGACGUUUGACUUCCGCAGUAUACGAGUGGACUCUCCCCUACUCCUCAUCGUCAAUGGCAAGAGACAGAAUGUCCAGGCUCAGACUGCAGCCUCCGUCAGUUACAAGCCCCAGAGUGAAUGAGAGGAGGGGGGCAGCGGAGGGAAGAAGCAUGAUGAGCGAGUGCCUGUUUUUCAAAAUGUUUUCAUGUGUGAGUUUUGUAAAUAGUAGAUCCUUGUUAUGUUAAAGUCUUUAGGAAUACACUGUUUGUACAUAUUUUUAAAUAUUUCUUUUUUUUUUGUAUUUUGUGGGAGGGAGGCCGGGGCGAUUUUGUAAAUGACUGACUACAAUAUGAUCAUUCAUUGCGAUGACAAUGGUGUCUUUUGUGUUCAAGACAUUAAGACAAACAUCCCCAUUCCCCAAAUAUUGUCUUUCUCCAAUGUGGACAUGAUUUCACAUGCAUGCUUUAUAUAGUUGAUCCUCUUUCACUGGAAGGUAGUUAAACCUUUCAGUGAAAAAUACCAUUUUAGUAGAAUAACAUGCAACUUUCUUACAAUGGUCAUGCUGAAUUUUAUUGACAAAAUAAGUGCAAUGCAAACAUAAAUGUUGUAUCAGAGCAUUUCAUCAAGAUACAGUAACUUCAGGUAAGAAAAAGGCAACUACAAUAUGAAUAUCAAACCAUCCUUAGAUAACCUGACAGUCUACACUAUGAUAAUGCUGUCAUUGAUCCAGCAGCCAGGUACCCAACCAGCGUUGCCUCAGUCAGAAAUAUAAUUAUUCUAUUCAUUCUAAUCCUGGAGUUGUAGAAUUGUAAUUCUAGUCUCAGUACUUCUUGAGUAAGGCCCGGCCCCUGUCUCUGGCAGGAGAGCUGAACUGGAAGAAGGUCUUGGCUCCAGCGUCGGGCUCCAGGGAGGAGAAAAGGCGGCUGUCCCCUUCAGGGCCCAUGCCCAGGAAGUGAGGACUCCCCCGGGGAGAGGAUUGCCUGACCACCCCUGGGAAACGGGUAGGGGGUUGAAUCUCCAGACCUGGUAUUCUCUACGCCCCUUUUAUACGUUUUCUUUUUAACCAAUCCUUGCAAUCCUUGAUUUUAACCAAUCCUUGGGGGAAAGCCCUGAGUUGAGACAAGCAAGCUGAACUCAAACUUUCAGGCAAAUUCCUAACGACAUACACACAUUAUUUUACACAGACAGAACUCCGAGAUGCGUCUCUCAACAGGAUUCAGACCCUACUCCCUCUCUAACCUGUGUUGAACUCCGGGGGUCCUGGCUGGCGUGGUGCCUCUCUGUCCCCCACCACCAUGUUGCGUAGCCUCAGCGAGUCAUAGAGCCCCUGUAGCUUCUGGUACUGUCUGUUCCUCUCCAUCAGACGCUCUGACACUUCACUGUACUUCCUCUUGUACUCCUCCAUCACCUGAAAGAGACGAGGCAUACCAAGGAGAUGGAGGGCGAUAACGAGGUAGAGUAUAUAGAAGGCUAAAUAAAAGUGAUUGGGUUAUGGUUAGGGCUGAGCAUUCAUUUCGGAUGGUGAAGGGCCACAGUGGGUGGCUGGGUGCAGGGCAUUUGUUCCCGGCCGAGCAGCACUAAUUGUGAUGAGUUGAAUCAGGUGUUAGUGUCCAAAUGGAGCAAAAGCCUGCACCCAAUAGGAGACUAAGCUUGCCCACUCCAGGGUCUGAUGUGACGUAAAGGUGGUACCUUCUUCAGUGAGGUGACCUCCCCUCUCAUGGCAUUGAGCUCCAGCUCUCUGCUCUGGUUCUGCUGGGUCAGCACCUUCUCCAUCUGUUUCACCUGACCCUCGGCCCGGGACAGACUGUACUCCUGGAACAUACGCUCCUGGUGCACCUGCAACACACACACAUGCACACGCAUGUCAGACACAAGCACACACACCGUGAGAAGGUGAUGGUAUAAGAUCGAUUUGACACUCCCAUUUCUUGAAUUGUGUCCUUCAUCCCUUGUCCUGGGGACCCACAGGGUGUGCAGGCUUGGUUUGAGCAGUAGAAUCAGGUGUGUUAGUACCAGGCUGGAACAAAAGCCUGCACACCUGGAGGGUUUCCUGGACCAGGCCUGAGAUAAACAAUGGAGUAAUUACAUACAGUGAAUGUCAUAGGCAACACACUGACAUACCUGGUAAGUCCAGAAAGCCAGGGCACGGGCGCUUAUGUCCAGCACUGUCUCUGGCCUCAGUCCCGCCAACACCAUGGCCUUGUACUCCUCAGAUGGCGACAGCUCAGUGCGCACAAUGUCCAGCUUCCCCGAGAGUGCAGAGGAGCAGGCCGGGCAUAUUGCCGGGGAGCGGCUGAACUCUCCGGAUCCAUGUUGGUCACAGAAGGCGUGAGAGCAAGCUGUGACCCAGGCGAAACCACACAGCUUCGCCCGACACUUUGGGUAGUUGCAGAGCAGAGUGUCGUCGCACAUAGACAUGGCUGUCGGGGACAAGAACAACUUGGUGAAACUUCACAGACACUCACUUCACACACAGAGGUUGAUGAUGUAAAGUUUCGUUGAUGAUGUAACGUGUCGCAAUAGAAGGUACGCAACGUCCAACCUCUGCCAUCCUUAGCAUACUAGCAUGCUAGCUAACUGUCUCGCCACACAUACUGCUACUACAAAAUACGUGUAACGUUAGUUCUAACAUUUCUUUCUGAAAUUAGUAGCUAGCUACAACUCUAUAAAAAUGUAGCUGUUUACGAUACUCAAUGGGUUCAACAAACGUACUUGUUUAAUUGGGCUAAAGUUGGACGUUUGAGGAAUGUUUUGAUGCUAAAGGUUUACUAGCUAGCUACAGUACAUGUCUGAAGCGGGCUCGAAUGAAAAUUCUGAUUGGCUUGCUAGAAAUUUCAAGGGACCAAUCAAAUAUGUCCUUUAUUAUAGACGUAAUAAAAUAGGUAUUACUCGUUAAGACUUAUGUAGUCAAAACUAAAGUUAAAUAUUUUCCUUAAUAAUAAUAAGGAAGGAUAAUUACAAGUUUGAGUUCUGUUGGUAAAAUGAUGCAUUGUUUGUAAAGGGCUUGUAAUUAGCAUUGUAUUGUAAGGUUUACACCUGUUGUAUUCGGCGCAUGUGACAAAUAAAAUGUGAUUUGAAAGUGCA